AAACAAUCAAAAUGCGUUCCUUCCUCGUCCUUUGCUUCGUUGCUUUAGCCACGGCCGACAAACUGGGCUACAACUACCAGCCGGUGGCCCACUCCCCAUCGGGACUGAGCUUCCAGCCAUCGGGAGCGGCCAGCAGUGAUGCCCCUGCCUUCUCGGCUCCAUCCUUCUCCGCCGGACCCUCUUCCAUUGCCGACUCCCUGGAGGGAUCCCAGUCCGCUGCUGCUCCCAACUACGCUGCCCCACAGGCUCAACUGGAGAAGGAGUUCUUCACCUACACCGCCGACGAGGGUGACUUCUACGAUCCCGCUGCCUCCGAUCAGGUGGCCAAUGCCGUUAACAAGGCUCUCCGUGUUGUGUUCAUCAAGGGACCCGAGAACCGCGGACUGGAGGAUGCUGCUCUGGCUCUGGCCAAGCAAGCUGCCCAGCAGGAGACCGCUAUCUAUGUGCUGAACAAGCAGGCUGAUAUUGGAGAUCUGGCCAACAAGCUGAAUGCCAUUCGCAACAACAACAACAACAAGCCCGAGGUGCACUUCGUGAAGUACAGGACCCAGGAGGAUGCCCAGAAUGCCCAGCGUGCCAUCCAGGGACAGUACGACCAGUUGGGAGGAUCUUCCCAGUCGCAGAACGGUGGUGUCGCCUCCACCCUGAACUUUGCCUCCCAGCCGGCUCCUCGCGAGAGCGUGGCUGCCAGUGCUCCAGGAGCCAGCUACCUGCCCGCCAGCAUCUUCCGGCGCUUCCGUCUCUAA